CAGUUUUGAAACGUUGGGGUUGUUGGAGUGGUUGGAUUUUCCCUGGAAUUGAGUGAGAAAUUCAGAAGACUGAAGCCCAGGCUCACUGUCUACCUUUCACGGAGGCCCAGCCGUGAGAGGACAGAAGAAGGCACGUGGCGAAUCAUGACAGCUGACAAAGACAAAGACAAAGACAAAGAGAAGGACCGGGACCGAGAUCGGGACCGAGAGAGAGAGAAAAGGGACAAAGUGAGAGAGAGUGAGAACUCCCGGCCACGCAGGAGCUGUACCUUGGAAGGAGGAGCCAAAAAUUAUGCCGAGAGUGAUCACAGCGAAGAUGAGGACAAUGACAACAACAGUGCCACCACAGAGGAGUCCACGAAGAAGAACAAAAAGAAGCCACCGAAAAAAAAAUCUCGCUAUGAAAGGACAGACACUGGCGAGAUAACCUCUUACAUCACUGAGGACGAUGUUGUUUACAGACCAGGAGACUGUGUGUAUAUUGAGAGUCGGAGACCAAACACACCGUAUUUCAUCUGUAGCAUUCAAGACUUCAAACUGGUCCACAACUCCCAGGCCUGUUGCAGAUCUCCAACUCCUGCUUUGUGUGACCCCCCAGCAUGCUCUCUGCCGGUGGCGUCACAGCCACCACAGCAUCUUUCUGAAGCCGGGAGAGGGCCUGUAGGGAGUAAGAGGGACCACCUACUCAUGAACGUCAAAUGGUACUACCGUCAGUCUGAAGUUCCAGAUUCUGUGUAUCAGCAUUUGGUUCAGGAUCGACACAAUGAAAACGACUCUGGAAGAGAACUUGUUAUUACAGACCCAGUUAUCAAGAACCGAGAGCUCUUCAUUUCUGAUUAUGUAGACACCUACCACGCUGCAGCCCUCAGAGGGAAGUGUAACAUCUCCCAUUUUUCUGACAUAUUUGCUGCUAGAGAGUUUAAAGCCCGAGUGGAUUCAUUUUUCUACAUAUUAGGCUAUAACCCUGAGACAAGGCGGCUGAACAGUACCCAGGGGGAGAUUCGUGUGGGUCCUAGCCAUCAGGCCAAGCUUCCCGAUUUGCAGCCAUUCCCUUCUCCAGAUGGUGACACUGUGACCCAACAUGAGGAGCUGGUCUGGAUGCCUGGAGUUAAUGACUGUGACCUCCUCAUGUACUUGAGGGCAGCAAGGAGCAUGGCGGCGUUUGCAGGCAUGUGUGACGGAGGCUCCACCGAGGAUGGCUGUGUUGCUGCAUCUCGGGAUGACACCACUCUCAAUGCACUGAACACACUACACGAAAGCGGAUAUGAUGCCGGCAAAGCCCUGCAGCGCCUGGUCAAGAAGCCCGUGCCUAAGCUGAUCGAAAAGUGCUGGACCGAGGAUGAAGUGAAACGCUUCGUUAAGGGGCUCAGGCAGUACGGCAAGAACUUCUUCAGAAUCAGAAAGGAGCUGCUUCCCAAUAAGGAAACAGGGGAACUGAUCACCUUCUAUUACUACUGGAAGAAAACCCCAGAGGCAGCCAGCUCCCGGGCCCAUCGCAGGCACCGCAGGCAGGCUGUGUUCAGGAGGAUUAAGACCCGCACUGCGUCCACACCUGUCAACACACCUUCCAGACCCCCCUCCAGUGAAUUCUUGGACCUGAGCUCGGCCAGUGAGGACGACUUUGACAGUGAGGACAGCGAGCAGGAGCUGAAGGGCUACGCCUGCCGCCAUUGCUUCAGCACCACCUCCAAAGAUUGGCACCACGGGGGCCGGGAGAACAUCCUGCUCUGCACAGACUGCCGCAUCCACUUCAAGAAAUACGGCGAGCUCCCGCCCAUCGAGAAGCCCGUGGACCCCCCGCCCUUUAUGUUCAAACCCGUCAAAGAGGAAGACGAUGGGCUCAGCGGGAAACAUAGCAUGAGGACGCGGCGGAGUCGAGGCUCGAUGUCGACAUUGCGCAGUGGUCGAAAGAAGCAGCCAGCCAGCCCUGACGGUCGCACCUCGCCCACCAAUGAAGACAUCCGCUCCAGUGGCCGGAACUCCCCCAGCGCUGCCAGCACCUCCAGCAACGACAGUAAAGCAGAGACUGUGAAGAAGCUGGCCAAGAAGGUGAAGGAGGGAGUCUCGUCGCCUCUGAAGAGCACCAAGCGCCCGCGGGAGAAGGCGGCCUCGGACACGGAGGAGGCCGACAGGACCAGCUCCAAGAAGACGAAAACCCAGGAGAUCAGCCGGCCCAACUCGCCGUCCGAAGGCGAGGGGGAGAGCUCUGACAGCCGCAGCGUCAACGAUGAGGGCAGCAGUGACCCCAAGGACAUCGACCAGGACAAUCGCAGCACGUCCCCCAGCAUCCCCAGCCCCCAGGACAAUGAGAGUGACUCCGACUCCUCUGCGCAGCAGACCCUGCAGGCCCAGCCCCCCGCUUUGCAGGCUCCCACUGGGGCUGCCCCAGCUCCCUCCACAGCCCCCCCAGGAGCGCCCCAGCUUCCCACCCCGGGGCCCGCGCCCUCUGCCGGUCCUCCACAGGGCUCCCCCUCCGCCUCCCAGCCCUCCGGCCAGCAGGCAGCAGCUCACCCUCACACCUCCCUGCAGCCCCCAGCUUCUCAGUCAGUCUUGCAGUCCCAGCAGCCCCCAAGGGAGCAGCCCCUGCCACCCGCACCCUUGGCCAUGCCUCACAUCAAGCCCCCACCCACUACGCCCAUCCCCCAGCUGCCAGCACCACAGGCCCACAAGCACCCACCUCACCUCUCAGGGCCCUCACCCUUCUCCAUGAAUGCCAACCUCCCGCCCCCUCCAGCACUGAAGCCCCUGAGUUCCCUGUCUACACACCACCCCCCUUCGGCGCAUCCCCCACCGCUGCAGCUCAUGCCUCAGAGCCAACCACUGCCCUCCUCCCCCGCCCAGCCUCCGGUGCUGACCCAGAGCCAGAGCCUGCCCCCUGCUGCUGCCGCCCACCCCCCUGCAGGCCUCCACCAGGCGCCCCCUCAGCCCUCAUUCGCUCAGCACCCCUUUGUCCCUGGAGGCCCUCCUCCCAUCACCCCUCCGUCCUGCCCCAGUGCCUCCACUCCACUCACGGGACCUGGCCCGUCAGCCCAGCCACCCUGCUCUGCUGCCGUUUCUUCAGGAGGCAGCACACCUGUGGGGGCAGCCUGCCCGCUGCCCACUGUCCAGAUCAAGGAAGAGGCUCUGGACGAUGCCGAGGAGCCCGAGAGCCCCCCUCCACCACCGAGGAGCCCGUCCCCCGAGCCCACUGUGGUGGACACGCCCAGCCACGCCAGCCAGUCAGCCAGGUUCUACAAGCACCUGGACCGGGGCUACAACUCGUGUGCACGGGCCGACCUGUACUUCAUGCCUCUGGCGGGAUCCAAACUGGCCAAGAAGCGGGAGGAGGCCAUCGAGAAAGCCAAACGGGAGGCCGAGCAGAAAGCCAGAGAGGAGCGGGAGCGGGAGAAGGAGAAGGAGAAGGAACGCGAACGGGAGCGCGAGCGCGAGCGGGAGGCUGAGCGAGCGGCUAAGGCAUCCAGCUCGGCACAUGAGGGCCGCCUCAGCGACCCCCAGCUCGGUGGUCCCAGCCACAUGCGGCCAUCCUUCGAGCCACCGCCAACCACCAUUGCUGCUGUGCCCCCGUACAUCGGGCCGGACACCCCUGCCCUUCGGACUCUGAGCGAGUACGCCCGGCCCCACGUCAUGUCGCCCACCAACCGCAACCACCCCUUCUACAUGCCCCUCAACCCCACUGACCCGCUGCUGGCCUACCACAUGCCCGGCCUCUACAACGUCGACCCCACCAUCCGUGAGCGGGAGCUCCGGGAGCGGGAGAUCCGAGAGCGGGAGAUCCGGGAACGGGAGCUGCGGGAGAGGAUGAAACCGGGCUUCGAGGUGAAGCCCCCCGAGCUGGACCCCCUGCACCCAGCCACCAACCCCAUGGAGCACUUCGCCCGGCACAGCGCCCUCACCAUUCCCCCCACUGCGGGCCCCCACCCUUUUGCUUCAUUCCACCCGGGCCUGAACCCCUUGGAGAGGGAGAGACUGGCCCUGGCGGGCCCCCAGCUGCGGCCCGAGAUGAGCUACCCCGAUAGACUGGCAGCCGAGCGGAUUCACGCCGAGCGGAUGGCAUCGCUGACCAGCGACCCUCUGGCCCGACUACAGAUGUUCAACGUGACUCCACACCAUCACCAGCACUCACACAUCCACUCGCACCUCCACCUGCACCAGCAGGACCCCCUCCACCAAGCCCCUGCUGGCCCUCACCUGGCUCGCUUUCCCUAUCCCCCUGGCACCCUCCCCAACCCUCUGCUUGGACAGCCCCCCCAUGAGCACGAGAUGCUUCGUCACCCAGUUUUUGGCACCCCCUACCCCCGAGACCUGCCUGGGGCCAUCCCACCCCCCAUGUCAGCGGCCCACCAGCUGCAGGCCAUGCAUGCCCAGUCGGCUGAGCUGCAGAGACUGGCCAUGGAGCAGCAGUGGCUGCACGCACACCCCCACAUGCAUGGCAGCCACCUACCAAGUCAGGAAGAUUAUUACAGUCGGCUGAAGAAAGAAGGUGACAAGCAGUUAUAAGUUAUUUAUUGUUAACGCUGGCUGUGGAAGCCCCAGUCUUGGGGGGAUAAACAGGACUUUUUACAUACAAUAGGAGCUGCAAAAGCAAAAGAAUAUCUUCUAAAGAUUUCUUUCUAUAUUUAAAAGCCCACAACUAAAACUCUGUCAGCAUAAUAGUGUGUGUUUGUAGAGAGGAUUCCUUGAGACUGGUUUGGGUCUCCCUGCAUGACAGUCCCCCAGAAACUUAGUGAGUCCUGGACUGGACUGGACUGAACAUUCAGAAAACUACCCAGCAAUCUUGGGGUUCGGCUUUCGUCUCCUUCCCUUCCUCGACUUCUCAGUAGGUGCUAGAACCCAGUCACACCCUCACUGUGCGUGCAGACACACUCAGUCACAUGUGUGCCAAAACCCGCGGGGUUGCAGAUAUAGGUGGCAUAUGAGUUUGGAAUCCAAGAGCUAUAAUUUUUGAAGAAUCUUUUAUUUUACUACAUUGUUGGAAAUCUUCAUAAUUUGAGAAAGUUCUGCAGCACGGCUUUUUAUGUCUGUAAAUAAUUUUAGAGCAGCCUUUUUUUUCCUUCCACAAACUACUGUUCCGAUCUAUUUUUUCCAGCCAUGUCACUAAUUGUGAAUUCCUAUCGGCUAUUGACAGAAUACAGAGUUGAUUUUUUAAUAAAAAGUUAUAUAUGAUUAUCCCUUUAAUUAAAGGGAACAGAUGGGCGUUACUAAUUACAAAUGGGCAAAAGCUUGGGCCUGGGUUUGGUCGCAGCAGUGAGCAUCCAGGGUUUUGCAGGGACAAUGUUACAAGCGGUUUUUGUUUCGCUGCUUUGGUUUUCCACUUCGGUCUGUUCCUGGCUGGUGCGUGGCCAGUGGUGCAGACACCUGCCAGAUCGGACCUCCUGGCAUUGCACCAGGAGCGCAGGGGUUAAAUGUCCACCGUCCUGUGUCUGCCGGAGAGAAAGCACAUGUUUCUGUGUGUGUGGUUGCAGAUCUCCUGACAGGGUUCUAGGCGCACGUGUUUGAUUGUUCUGUCCGAACUGCCCUUCUCACUCUGACAACUGCGUAAACAUUCUCAGAACGAUUCCCUACAAGUAACUCAGCACGUAUGCUGGCCAGAGGCUCUGUUAGCCAUCUGCCCUUUUGUGUGUCCUCACGCGCUCUCGCCAGGCCGGGCCAUCCUUGCCACAGCCCGGGCUGCUUUCCGGGUGGGUGAGACCCCGGAGUUGGCAUGGCUGUGGGUGGCGGCCUGUGUGUCUACCAGGAGCUUGGUGACCGGGUCAGACUGGGACACCAGUUGAGUCCCACCCUUCAUCCCGAAGUGGGAGCUGGAGUGGCAGCCGCACACGGGGAAGGGAAGGCAGGGUUCCCUGGGAGGUGCCAGCUGGGGGCUCGGCCUUCUGCGUGGCCGAGGGGGGAGACUGGCUGGCUGCACCUGUUCCUGCCAGGUGGUACCUUUUCCUCCCUCUUCCCUCAGAUUCUUGAGGGCUGUUUCUGCUGUGGCCUGUGGUGGCCACAUCCAAGAAUUGUCAGACGAGAGCAUAUCCGUGGGCCGGGGCAUGUGAAGUACGUCCAGGACCCGAGCCCGUGGGUAGGAGGGGAGGCUGGCGCUGGGACCAGACACCCAGGUGGCAGCGCAGGUCCGGGCAUUUCCCAUCCCUGCUAAACCGCCUUUGCUUUCAGUUGGGACAGAUAGAGGAUUGUUUUAUUUGUUGAAAAUGUUUGUAGUUUUUUCUUUAGUUUUCUUUCAUUCCGUUUCUGCCUUAAAUUUAGCUCCUUACAGGGGAGACAAGCUCACAUGAACCCUUUGUCAUAGGACCUAUGGCUGCGUUGGCAGGGGCAUGCGUUCCUCGGGGCGGUGGCUGCUCUCUGGCCGCUGCUCUCCUGGGGGCUGCCCGUCCGCGGCGCCCGCUGCCCCCAGCCUCCCGCCUCUGCCCCACCCUCUCCCGUCCCUCGUUUUCCUUCUGGUAGGAUACGGCCUGCCAUUCAGUCAGGCCCUUCACCUCCUCCCCAGCAUCCAUUUUUCCAAAGAAGAGGGAGGUUAGUGCUUUGAAGUCUGUGUUGAAAGCUGUGGAAGGCGCGUCUGUCAGGCCCUGGUUCCCCCACGUCCCGCGGUGAAGCACUGAGGUCCCUGCAGUCAGAGGCCCUCGCCCGGCCAGCUGCCGCGGAGGGCCCGGCCUUCGCGGGGUCUUUGAAGCCCAGCCCCUUGGUUUCCUUCUGGGUUUUCCUUCCUUUGUUUGAAGUUUGGUUUUGCUUUUCUGUGUUUUGUAUGUAUCUCGUUCCAUGUUGUCAAGGUUGCGCUUCAGGUCUCACGCAGCGGCCGCAGAGCGAGGUGUGUCCGACGUGCCGCGUGUCUGUACCUUGAAGCUAAAUGUACAUAUGAGUAGUUUGCCGUGAGCUAACACAGUGUGAGCAGCGUAGACACCAGAGAUCGUGACUUCUGUGCUCUCUCCAUUUGAGUAUUUUGUAAUUUUUUGGAAAUAUUUGUGGACAUAAAUAAAACCAAGCUACACUACAACA